UGAUAUACAUGGAUACAGUGGAAAAGGUGUCACAAUUACAUGUUCCCACGGCAUGGCUUCAACCAAUAUAAAGUAUUUCUGCAGAGAACCAUGUGAAGACAGAGAUGUUUUAGUGAAAUCUGACCAGUCACCUACAGGAAGAUACACACUGAAGGAUCAUGGAGCUGGAACCUUCACUGUGAGCAUCACUGAUCUACAGGAGUCAGACUCUGGCAUUUACUGGUGUGCAGUGGACAGAUCUGUUAAAGACACAUAUAAGAAAGUCAAACUGACAGUAUCUAAUGCCUUGGACACAAACAGACCCACAACUCCUAAACCAGCAGCAAGUUCUCAAUCCUCCAUGACACAAAGUUCAUUCUCCACAUCUUCAGCAUCUGGUGACACCACAACCUCAUCUUCAACAGGAUUUAAAGGUCCUGUUGUUUCAUCCAAACCAGCAUUUAAUGAGAGCAGUGCACAAUAUUCACUCUCCUCAGUUCCUCUGAUUAUCACAGCCAUUGGUCUGACUGUGAUGGUGAUUAUAUUUGGAGUGGUGGGUUGGAGAAAGUCACACAGCUACGAUCGCUUCACGCUGCCCAAUGAAAGCAAAGCUGAAGACGUGAGUGAUGCCAAAGACUGUGACGACCGUGUAUAUGAGAAUGGCUCUCCUGAGACAAACAGCACACAGAUAAAACCUAUCAACAGGACUACAACCAGACAAGAGCAAAAGAGCCAAGUAUAUUCAGUCUACGAGAAUUCACAUGCACUCUAUGGAAAUCUCUGGUCCUAG